AUGAUAAAGUUACUUGAUACCAUCCAUACGUUCGGCCGUGAUUACCAUCCACGCCUCACUCUUUUCCUCGCUACUACUAUAUACCUCCUCGGUGAAGCCAUCUACAAUGCCUACUUUCAUCCUUUGGCCGAUGUACCCGGCCCAUUCUGGUGCAAAGUAUCAAGCUGGCCAUCAUACUUGCAUGCAAGAACUGGCUCUCGUCACAUUUGGAUUUGGCAAAAUCACCAGAUUUAUGGUGAUAGGUUUCGCUACAAACCCAAUGGCGUUUUAAUAGCCUCACCUAAAGGCUAUCGCGAUAUCUACAAUGCCAAAGCAAACGUUAAAAAAGCUAAAUGGUACGCGGUAUGGCAGAGACGUCAUGAUGAGCUCAGCACCUUGAGUGCUAUCGACCCUCACAAGCAUAUGUUACUGCGACGACCCUUGAAUAACGCAUUCUCCGAAAAGUCCUUGCGUUCAUCAGAGCCCUACAUCAUAAAGCAUAUUGACAAAUGGAUUGAGCUUUUAUUAGAUGGCGAAAAGACUAAGGGCAUGACUGAAUGGGCAACACCGAAGAACUUGGGUGGAGAAUGGGCUGACUACCUUAUAUUUGAUAUCUUAUGUGACUUGUGUUUUGGAAAAUCCUUCGAGACUAUAGAGCCAGAAAGCCCGGUUCGUCAGAUACCGCACAUUAUUGGUGAAUACCUACAUCUUAUGAACACGAUUGCACAUGCACCUUUCAGAGACUGUUGGGUUUGGCUGAAACCCCGUGGUCUUGAUAAGGCACUCUCCUUACUUAGUCCCAAAAAUGUUGUCAGUUUCUACCAAUUCCUCGGGAAAUGUGUCGCAGAGCGCGAGGAGCAAGAGAAAACUCUGGAAAAAGAGGAUGUGCACGACGGGCGCAAAGACAUCUUUCACUAUCUCUAUCAGGCCAAAAAGGCAGAUAACGCACUCCCCUCCGACACCAAGGGACUCUUUGCAUCAGCCAAUCUUUUAGUCACAGCCGGGUCUGACACAACUGCCACCGCAUUAUGCAGUGCCCUUUUCUACCUCACAAGAAACGAGCAUGCAUAUAACAAACUUGCAAAAGAGAUACGCGAUACGUUUCUUUCCGUCGAAGAUAUUCACGGUGGUCAUACUCUAUCCAAUUGCCAGUAUCUGCAUGCUGUUUGCCUCGAAGCUAUGCGAAUGGCACCCAGUGCACCUUCAGAGCUUGCACGCCAAGUCCUUCCAGGCGGACACACAAUCAACGAGCAAUACUAUACCGAAGGCACAGAAAUCGGCGCGUCCAACUACUCCGCAAAUUACCACGAAGACACUUACGGAGAUCCAUUUGUUUUUCGCCCAGAGCGUUGGAUCUCAAAUAAAGAUGCAGGAAUCACAGUCGAACAAGUAGCUGUGCUCAAAGAAGCUUUCAGCCCCUUCUCUAUUGGACCAAGCCAGUGCCCUGGGAAGAAUUUAGCGUUGCUGGAGAUGUAUAUAGUGCUAGGGAGAAUGAUCCAUGCUUGUGAUAUUCGGAGAUCGGUGGAUGAUGUAGGUGAUCGGGGAGCAGGCAGUCCGGAAUUGAUUUGGGGUAGGAGGAAUACACAUCAGUAUCAGGUUCGUGAUGCGUUCUUGGGGUUGAGGAAUGGGCCGGUGGUGCAACUUUGUCGGAGAGUGAAGGUGUGA